AUGAAGUUGCCGAAUGGACAUAUCCUUCCCAGAAGUACAUCAACGAAUCCCAUCGAUCGAGCAAACACCAUCAGGGCCGCGUCAUGGGUCAUUCUUAUCAUUACGACGAUCGUUUUUGGAGCACGCCAGAUAAUGAAGGUUGUUGUCUUUCGGAGAAUGACGCUCGAUGAUCUGUUGAUACUUGUAGCUUUCUCGUUUGCCGUCAGUCUUUCCAUCAUAGCUCUCGUCUUGUCCUUCGAAGGUCUCGGCACUGUUGGUCCGUUGACCCUCGACCAAACCAUCUUUCUUAUGAAAGGGUACUAUUCGUCUGAGAUUGUCUACAUUGUUGCCAUUGGCUUCGCGAAGUUAUCAAUCUUGGUAAUAUUCUACAAUGUGGUUGUAACGCAACGCAUCAUCCGCCGAGCCGUGAUAGCGUUCGGUGCGGUACUGUCAGUCUGGACAGUGGCGUCGCUUAUCGCAAUUGCGUUUCAGUGCGAGCUACCUCAACCAUGGCAGAUUGUAGGCCCAAGAUGCUCCAACUCGCGCAUCUUUUGGAUCGUAUAUUGCAUGAUCGACAUUUUUACCGAAGUCGCCAUCAUUAUGCUCUCUGUACACCUGGUGGUAAACCUUCAAGUCCGGCUUUCAAGGAAACUUGCAGUCAUCGCAUGUUUUGUGCCGCGCGUGCUGGUGCUGAGUGUGGCAAUUGUUCGUCUCGUUUUGCUAUACCCGGCUACGCUCCAUGGCGAUCCUCAAUACCGACUCUGGGUGCCGGCGAUCAUAUCGCAAGCCCAUGUAUGCCUCAGCAUCGCAACUGCCAGCAUUCCAUACAUGGUGCCCUUCUUUAAAGGUAUGGAUGGUGAUUUGCGAAGGACUCACUCGACCAAGAGCCGCCUCCAUCUCAUCGAUGAAGAGACAGGGCGCUCAAGGUCGUCGCUGUGGUUUCGCCGACACAACAAGACCAAGGCCCUCGAACUCUGGGACCCGACUGCAGAUGCGGUUGUUCCAUACAAUCGCGUGCCGCAGCUCUCGCCUUAUAUUCCCGCACCAAGACCUUUAUCGCCUUUAUCGCCUCCAAGGCCGCAAACGCCGCUCGGCAAGCAGGCUAGCGUUCGUGGCCUGAACAUCUAUAUCCCAUGUCGUGAUCCUCGGCGGCAACGGAGCUUAGAUUGG